CUCGUUCCUUUUCUGACUGUACCAACUCUCCCUCUCUUAACAGGAAAAAUGGCGGGCGACAGCAAUCUAAAGGUGUUAAACGCGCUAGAUGUGGCGAAGACGCAGUGGUACCAUUUCACCGCCAUCAUAAUCGCGGGGAUGGGUUUCUUCACUGAUGCCUACGAUCUCUUCUGCAUCUCUCUCGUCACCAAGAUGCUCGGCCGCAUCUACUACCACGUCGAUGGCUCCCCCAAGCCCGGCUCCCUCCCUCCGAAUGUCUCAGCCGCUGUCAACGGCGUCGCCCUCUGUGGCACCUUAUUGGGCCAGCUCUUCUUCGGCUGGCUCGGCGACAAGAUGGGCCGCAAAAAGGUCUACGGCCUCACCCUCAUGAUCAUGUGCAUAUGCUCCAUCGCCUCGGGCCUCUCCUUCGGCCGCGACGCCAAGGCUGUCAUGGCCACCCUCUGCUUCUUCCGCUUUUGGCUUGGCUUCGGCAUUGGCGGAGACUACCCCCUCUCCGCCACCAUUAUGUCCGAGUACGCUAAUAAGAAGACCCGAGGCGCUUUUAUAGCCGCGGUCUUUGCUAUGCAGGGCUUUGGCAUCCUAGCCGGGGGCAUCUUCGCCAUGACCCUCUCGGCUAUCUUCAACGCCUACUACAAGUCCCCCUCCUACGAGGCCGACCCCUUCGCGUCCACCAUCCCCCAGGCCGACUACCUCUGGCGUGUCGUCCUAAUGGUCGGCGCCCUCCCCGCCAUCCUCACCUUCUACUGGCGCCUCAAGAUGCCCGAGACCGCUCGCUACACGGCCCUUGUGGCCAAGGACGCAAAGCGUGCCGCGGCCGACAUGGCCAAGGUGCUCCAGGAGGACAUCGAAGCAGAGCAGCAGAAGACUGAUGCCAUGGUCUCCCGUCAAGGGGACUACGACCUCUUCUCCAAGGAGUUCCUCCGCCGCCACGGCCUCCAUCUUCUCGGAACAACUAGCACUUGGUUCCUCCUCGACAUCGCCUUCUACAGCCAGAACCUCUUCCAGAAGGACAUUUUCAGCGCCAUCGGCUGGAUACCGCCCGCCCAGACCAUGAACGCCCUCCAAGAGGUCUACACCAUCGCCCGUGCUCAAACGCUCAUCGCCCUCUGCUCCACCGUGCCGGGAUACUGGUUCACUGUGGCGCUCAUCGAUGUCAUUGGCCGCUUCACGAUCCAGCUCUCCGGAUUCUUCUUCAUGACCGUUUUCAUGUUCGCCCUAGCCAUCCCGUACCAACACUGGACUCAGCCAGAGCACAGGAUCGGGUUCGUGGUGAUGUACUCGCUCACAUUUUUCUUCGCCAACUUUGGGCCUAAUGCCACCACAUUUGUUGUCCCGGCCGAGAUCUUCCCGGCCAGGUUCAGGUCCACCUGCCACGGGAUCUCGGCUGCGGCCGGGAAGUUCGGGGCUAUUAUAGGGGCAUUCGGGUUUCAGUUACUAGCACAGAGCCAAGACCCGAAAAAGGUUGAUGCUGGUUACCAUCCAGGAAUUGGGGUGAAGAAUUGUUUGAUUGUUUUGGGAGUAGUGAAUCUUUUAGGAUUGUUGUUCACCUUCUUGGUGCCUGAGACCAAGGGCAAAUCUUUGGAGGAUGUGAGUGGCGAAAACGAGGAUUGAUUUGAGACCAUUUUUGUCUAAUUCAGGUUAAUUAAGUUUUUCCUUUGAUUUUUAUUUGAUUUAGUGUUCAUUUGAGUGAUGAUGUCUCUCCUAGUAAUAACGGAGAUGAAAGACUAGACUUGUAUUAGAUGUAUACUCGUCCUGUUUUUCCAUAGACUAUGCCGGUUCAAUAUUUUCACUUUUAUAUCUUUCUGCAUUUAUGAUUUGAAUACAAUGUUGCACAAGUCAUUAUGGAAGUAAAAAGUAGUAGUUGCAAUUGAA